GUUUAGGGUUUGGAAUUUGGACUCGUUGUUCUCUGGAGUCCUACAAAAUACGAUUAGCUAAGUAACUGCGACAAAAACGAUUAUUAUUUAUUUUGCUUAAACGGAAAAAAGGCAAGAGUCUGUUGUUGCAGCUGUUUGGUCUUUAAAUCACCUCUCCAUCUUGUUUCGCUUCUCGCGAGUUCUAAAAGUUAGGGUUUGUCCGAGUCACGCCGUAUUCUUCUUCUCCGAAGUGAUAUCAUCGCAGGUAAGAAGAUACAGUAAUGGCUGGAGUACUAGCUGGGGAAUGUUCGUACGGUGAGAGUGGAGUUUCAUCUCACUCGAGGAAUUCUCAUGAAAAGCAAGACGAGCUUUCCCGCUGGUACUUUGGAAGAAAGGAAAUUGAAGAAAAUUCACCCUCGAGGCUGGAUGGUAUUGACUUGAAGAAGGAAACUUACCUCCGCAAAUCCUACUGUACAUUUCUCCAGGACUUGGGCAUGAGAUUGAAAGUUCCCCAGGUUACAAUAGCUACCGCGAUUAUCUUCUGUCAUCGCUUCUUCUUUCGCCAAUCACAUGCAAAGAAUGACAGAAGGACGAUUGCAACUGUAUGUAUGUUCCUUGCUGGAAAAGUUGAGGAAACUCCACGGCCCUUGAAUAACGUUAUUUCUGUAUCCUAUGAGAUAAUCAACAAGAAGGAUCCUGGUGCUGCCCAGAAAAUCAAGCAAAAGGAAGUAUAUGAGCAACAAAAAGAGCUUAUACUAAACGGAGAAAAGAUAGUACUUUCUACACUAGGCUUUGACCUCAAUGUUCUCCAUCCUUAUAAACCCCUCGUAGAAGCAAUAAAGAAGUUUAAGGUUGCCCAGAAUGCUCUUGCCCAAGUUGCCUGGAAUUUUGUUAACGAUGGUCUGCGGACAUCACUCUGCCUGCAAUUCCAGCCUCAUCACAUCGCGGCUGGUGCUAUUUUUCUUGCGGCCAAGUUCCUUAAAGUGAAGUUACCAUCGGAUGGAGAGAAGGUUUGGUGGCAAGAGUUUGAUGUUACACCCCGACAAUUGGAGGAUGUUAGCAACCAAAUGCUUGAGCUUUAUGAGCAAAACCGUGUACCUGCAUCUCAAGGAAGCGAAGUAGAAAGUAGUGUGGGUGGAGGGUCAGCUCAUCGUCCAGGCUCCAGAAAUGCAACGUCAACAGAUGAGCAUCAUGUUGGUUCUAGGCAAGCAUCAGCACGUUCAAGCCAUGAACCUUCAAACUCUGAUAAUCAUGGGGGUUCAUCAAAAGGCGGUUUGGAUCAGAACAAUGGCAAUGGGGAUGUUGAGGCAGCUACUGUCAGUGUCGAUCACAAAGAGGAGAGCCCACAUCAUGAAAAUCAGCAAGUUAAUAAGGACAAUGUGAGAGAAGUCCCCCAUAACUUUAGACCUUUAGUUGAGGGAGCUGGGAAGGACAAUUCAGAAAGAGAGAGUGGAGAACUUCCAGAUUAUGGCGCUGUUCAUAAAUCUAGAAAUGUUGAAACAGUUGUUGUUGCCCCAAUCGGCCAAUCGCCAAAAGACUUGAAAAUGCUCCGGGAUAAGGUGAAGGCUAAGCGAGAGAAGGCUAAGAAGUUGCUAGGUGAAAGAACAAUGAAAAAGGAUUUGAUAGAUGAGGAUGAUUUCAUUGAAAGAGAGCUGGAAGAUGUGGAACUAGCUGUUGAGGAUGAAAACGCCAAGCAAAAGAAUGUACCAAAGGCCGAGAACUCUGAUCUCAUGGGCACAGAACAUGGGGCAGUAAAAAAUGCAGAAGAAGGUGAAAUGGUAAACGAUGUGUCUCAGAUGAUGCAUAGCAGAAAGAGAAAAAUGGGGAGCCCUCCUGAAAAUCAGUCUGAAGGAAAGAGACGCCUCAGUAGCGAGAACGGUGAACAAGGCCACAAGACGAGCAGAGGAAGUAGUAGUAGUCAUCAUGGUGACAGAGAGCACAGAAGACACUCGUAAGAGAGAAACCAUUCAUGAGAGGUAAUGAUUAUUAAAACUGCUUCAUCUUGUUCUCUUUCUAAGGACCUUUGGCACUUUGAUGAUGCCUAACCAUGUGAACAUGACAUUCUACAUGGGGUCGGUUCAGUCGUUGGAACCAUGCUCGGUGUAUGUUAUGUUUGAUUAUAUAAUCUAUUCGUGCUGUUUUGCACAA